UUACUAAACAUGUCUGUUUUUGUUGUACUUACCAAUGAAACAAUCUAGAAUAACGCAGCCCUGAUCGAUCUGAACUCCAUUUAGAAAAGAAGCAUUUUAAAAGUAGUUUUCUUGUCAUCUUGCUGACAGACCUGACAAAGCAUGAAUUCAUAUGUUAAACAAAUCAGCAUCAUUAUGUAGUUAUUUCGGCAUCAUUUUGAUCCGUUUAUUACAAUUAAACCACAGUAAAGUGUUUAUUUUGGGUCCAUACCGCUGUAGGAAAGCAGGUUAAAGCCCAAUAUUUGCAGGUUGUCUUUACUUGCUUUAAAAGAGCUGCAUUCAAUACUACCAAUUUCAUAAGCCACCUAAAAAAUAAACACUCACAGUGGUGCUGGAAAAAUACAAGUAUCUGAUUGAGAUACUCAAUAUGAAAUGACUCAGAUCAGUACCGGGGACAAAAAAACAGGAUCAGGACCUGCCUACAAAAAAGGCUUCAAGUCCAAAUUCUUUCAUCACUUCUCUCUGAAGUCCCUGCAUCUGCUCUUCUUCUCUGAAAAUGUUGCAUUUUUCAUGACCUGCUUGGAUACCGAUUAUUUCUGCUUGUAGCUUUAUUGUUAUAUAAUAAUAAGCUACAAUUUUACGUACUAACAAAUCCCAUCAUCUGUUGCAGCUCAGCUCUCUAACGUCUCUGUGGUCCUGAGUCCAAACGCAGAGUAACGGUACAAAAAACUAUUUCAGACAUGUUGCUGUCACAACACAACUUCACAAAGUACUUGGAGUAUUGAUGUGCAAGUGUAAUACGGUCAGAAACUGGACUACUUCAUUUCAGUUCAUUGUUCUGAGCCCGGCUUCCUCUUCAUUGUUCUCCAACUUUCUCUACAAUAACACAUCUGAGCCCAUCGCUCCUCGCCACAGCUGAAACACAAACCUUAAACCUUUGCAGGCAAAUCAAGCUAGUGUUUAACAUUAUUCACCCGUUUAAAACCAGCUGAGAAGAAAAGAAAAACCUGAUAAAACUACCACAGUUAGCACCAGCAGCGACUAAUAUUUACCUUUGGAGGAUCAUGAAACUUUCACUAGAAUUAAUGUCACCAACCUGUGCUGCAUGUGACCUGACUCAGAGGUGUGUUCACAACGCUGCUGCAACAUAAUGUUAAAAUAAUUUUCCAGACCAUUUUAGUUUCUCUUAUUUUCCAUGAGUUUUCCAUGACUGGAUAAUUGGUCAGCUGUUUUCCAGGACGCGUGGGAACCCUGAAUGAGCAGUAAUCUCAGGUUUCUGUUUAACUGACACUUUAUUGUGUUAAAUAUGUACAAACACUGCUGAUCUAAAAAGAACCAACAUAUAAAUCUGGAGUUUACAUUGUAUUACAAAAUGCAGAUAAAAACAAGUUUAUUUACAAAAAAUAACUUCUACAGAGCUCCGAUUGUCAUUUAAAAAAUAAAGUUUAAUUUCAUCACAGCUGUUAACCAGCUGCACGAGUUAAAGUCCAGCUGUUUUAAAAAGGUCUCAGGGGGAUGAAGCUACUCCCAGCAUGCACUGGGUGAGAAGUUGACCUGAAGUGAAUUCAGAAGAAUCCAACCAGAGGAAUCUGUAAAUGUCUGAUAAUCAGGAUCAGGAUUUAAACCAUGAUGUUUGGGUGUACUGUAACAAAUCUUGACAGUCUAAUACAUCUGAUAUAUUUUGUGGUCAACAUACUGAACCUCUGGGUGAAUCUGGGGCUGUGUAACACAUUUUGGGGUCAUCAGAUCCUGUUUAGGGCUCCAACAAGGUUUCUGUCGGCCCUGAAUAUUUGUGUCAUGUUACUGAGAGGAAGGAGAACUAAAGUGUCCUGAGAUGUAAAGCUUGUUGUAAUGAAUGAGUGCAGCUCUCUCAGCAUGUUGUUGUGUUUGUGUGAAGGUGUGGGCUCUGCUAUGAAUCAGUGUGAGGACAGAGAGGAGGGAGUCCCUCCCUCUAAAAGCACUCUGUGUGGGGAACAUGACAGCCAGACCAAAGCUCAGAGCCCAGAGCAGCAGCAGGGACCAGACUCUGCUGGACCUGGACCUGGACCUGGACCCAGCUGUGUGUCCAUCAAGAGUGACUGGUCUAUGGACAAACCUCUUGUCUUCAAAGGUGGACACCACUCUGCUGGACCUGGACCUGGACCUGGACCCAGCUGUGUGUCCAUCAAGAGUGACUGGUCUAUGGGCAGACUCAUUGACUUCAAAGGUGGACACCACUCUGCUGAUCAAAGGAUCCAUCGGCAGAGACCAGAUUCUCCUGGACCCAGCUGUGUGUCCGUGAACAGCGACCGUCAUGUCCCUGUUCACUUCAAAGCUGGACAUAAUGAUGCUGAACAAAAAGUUGAUCAGCAGAGCUCAGAGGUUCCCAGUGGUCAGUCUGCCCAGCAGCAUCAAACAGACCUGGACUCCAUAUUUAUGCUUCUCCAGGAAAACAUUGGCAGGUUUGUGAAGAACGAGGUGAAGAAAUUCCAGAGGGUUCUGAAGUCAGAGGGAGAUGAGGAGGUGUUGGACGGUGAGGAGGAGGAGCAGAGGAGGAGCAGCAGAGAGGCAUUUCUGAAGAUCACACUGCACUUCCUGAGGAGAAUGAAGCAGGAGGAGCUGGCUGAGCGUCUGCAGAGCAACCUCAUCUUUCUAAGUAAACUCAAGUCUAACCUGAAGAAGAAGUUCCAGUGUGUGUUUGAGGGGAUUGCUAAAGCAGGAAACCCAACCCUUCUGAACCAGAUCUACACAGAGCUCUACAUCACAGAGGGAGGGACUGCAGAGGUCAAUGAUGAACAUGAGGUCAGACAGAUUGAAACAGCAUCCAGGAAACCAGCCAGACCAGAAACAACCAUCAGACAAGAAGACAUCUUUAAAGCCUCACCUGGAAGAGAUGAACCAAUCAGAACAGUGAUGACAAAGGGAGUGGCUGGCAUUGGGAAAACAGUCUUAACACAGAAGUUCACUCUGGACUGGGCUGAAGACAAAGCCAACCAGGACAUACAGUUCACAUUUCCAUUCACUUUCAGAGAGCUGAAUGUGCUGAAAGAGAAAAAGUACAGCUUGGUGGAACUUGUUCAUCACUUCUUUACUGAAACCAAAGAAGCAGGAAUCUGCAGCUUUGAAGAGUUCCAGGUUGUGUUCAUCUUUGACGGUCUGGAUGAGUGUCGACUUCCUCUGGACUUCCACAACAAUGAGGUCCUGACUGAUGUUACAGAGUCCACCUCAGUGGAUGUGCUGCUGACAAACCUCAUCAGGGGGAACCUGCUUCCCUCUGCUCGCCUCUGGAUAACCACACGACCUGCAGCAGCCAAUCAGAUCCCUCCUGAGUGUGUUGACAUGGUGACAGAGGUCAGAGGGUUCACUGACCCACAGAAGGAGGAGUACUUCAGGAAGAGAUUCAGAGAUGAGGAGCAGGCCAGCAGAAUCAUCUCCCACAUCAAGACAUCACGAAGCCUCCACAUCAUGUGCCACAUCCCAGUCUUCUGCUGGAUCACUGCUACAGUUCUGGAGGAGGUGUUGGAGACCAGAGAGGGAGGAGAGCUUCCCAAGACCCUGACUGAGAUGUACAUCCACUUCCUGGUGGUUCAGUCCAAACUGAAGAACACCAAGUAUGAUGUAGGAGCUGAGACAGAUCAGCACUGGAGUCCAGCGAGCAGGAAGAUGAUUGAGUCUCUGGGAAAACUGGCUUUUGAGCAGCUGCAGAAAGGCAACCUGAUCUUCUAUGAAUCAGACCUGACAGAGUGUGGCAUCGAUAUCAGAGCAGCCUCAGUGUACUCAGGAGUGUUCACACAGAUCUUUAAAGAGGAGAGAGGGCUGUACCAGGACAAGGUGUUCUGCUUCGUCCAUCUGAGCGUUCAGGAGUUUCUGGCUGCUCUUCAUGUCCAUCUGACCUUCAUCAACUCUGGUGUCAAUCUGCUGGCAGAAGAACAAUCAACCUCCCGGCUGUCUAAAGUCUUCAGAGACAAACUUAAACUUACACAUCUCUACCAGAGUGCUGUGGACAAGGCCUUACAGAGUCCAAAUGGACACCUGGACUUGUUUCUUCGCUUCCUCCUGGGUCUUUCACUGCAGACCAAUCUGACUCUCCUACGAGGUCUGCUGACGCAGACAGGAAGUAGCUCACAGACCAAUCAGAAAACAGUUGAGUACAUCAAGAAGAAGAUCAGUGAGAAUCUGUCUCCAGAGAGAAGCAUCAAUCUGUUCCACUGUCUGAAUGAACUGAAUGAUCGUUCUCUAGUGGAGCAGAUCCAACAGUCCCUGAGUUCAGGAAGUCUCUCCACAGAUAAACUCUCUCCUGCUCAGUGGUCAGCUCUGGGCUUCAUCUUACUGUCAUCAGAAAAUGAUCUGGACGUGUUUGACCUGAAGAAAUACUCUGCUUCAGAGGAGGCUCUUCUGAGGCUGCUGCCAGUGGUCAAAGCCUCCAACAAAGCUCUGUUGAGUGACUGUAACCUCUCAGAGAGAAGCUGUGAAGCUCUGUCCUCAGCUCUCAGCUCCCAGUCCUCUAGUCUGACAGAGCUGGACCUGAGUAACAACAACCUGCAGGAUUCAGGUGUGAAGCUGCUGUCUGCUGGACUCGAGAGUCCACACUGUACAUUGGAAACUCUCAGUCUGUCAGGCUGUCUGAUCACAGAGGAAGGCUGUGCUUCUCUGGCCUCAGCUCUGAGCUCCAACCCCUCCCAUCUGAGAGAGCUGGACCUGAGCUACAAUCAUCCAGGAGACUCAGGGGUGAAGCUGCUGUCUGCUGGAUUGGAGGAUCCACACUGGAGACUGGACACUCUCAGGGUGGACCAUGGUGGAGAGCAGAGGUUAAAACCUGGUGUGAGGAAGUAUUUCUGUGAACUCACACUGGACACAAACACAGCACACAGAAACCUCAAACUGUCUGACAACAACAGGAAGGUGACACGUGUGAGAGAGAAGCAGCCAUAUCCUGAUCAUCCAGAGAGAUUUGACCGCUUGCCUCAGCUGAUGUGUAGAAAUGGUCUGACUGGUUGCUGUUACUGGGAGGUCGAGUGGAGAGGAGGAGUUUAUAUAUCAGUGAGUUACAGAGGAAUCAGAAGGAGAGGAGGCAGUGAUGACUGUCUGUUUGGAUGGAAUGAUCAGUCCUGGAGUCUGAGCUGCUCUGAUAGUGAUGAUCGUUACGUCUGUCACAAUAACAGAAUAACAGUCCUCCCUCUCUCCUCCUCCUCCUCCUCCUCCUCUAACAGAGUAGCAGUGUAUGUGGACUGUCCUGCUGGCUCUCUGUCCUUCUACAGAGUCUUCUCUGACACACUGAUCCACCUCCACACCUUCAACACCACAUUCACUGAACCUCUUUAUCCUGGAUUUAGGUUCUGGCCUGGUUCCUCAGUGUCUCUGUGUUCUGUGUAGGAGGGAGACAACUUCCAGUCCUGUGGUUUAAAUGUUGGUGGUGGACGAGGCUUCACUUUGGUUAACAUCUGGCUCACUGAUUGUGCCUUUAAUGUCAGAAAUGUGUUUUCUUAGAAAUGGUGAAAUGAUCUCCUCAAGGCUGAACUUAAUAAAGUUUUCUUGGAGCAGCAUCUACUAGCUGCUGAUGUCUGC